UGCUAUUGUUCAGAUUAACUUACCUUCUCUUUGUUUGCUUAAUUUACACAUGAUUUUCGUUUUGCACAGUGAAGUAGGCGAAGAAAAUUCAAGGCUUCAAUGUGGUCAGUUUGAGACUUGUAGUUGCUGUUGUAUAAAGGUCAAAGAAGAUAGAAGGCUUUCUAGUUCUAUGUGUCUAUUUUAGCCGUAACGAGGUCUAAAUCUAAUGCCGACAUUAUUUUUUUUAUCUGCGGUCUAUUUUUCUGUAACGUUGGCCUACCAAUAAAACGUAAUAAAAAGUUGAAGUCUGGUUGGUAAGUGCAUGUGGGUCCAUUCUUAUCCUUAUCCAGGAUUGGAAUAUGGAACCCUCAAUAUCAAUGGACAUGAGAGUAUGAUCCAUGUUACAAAACUGCACACUGGUCUCGAAAAUGAACCAAACAAAACAAAAAUGGCCACCAUAUCUCCCCUACCAACUCUCUCCGCCUCCGCCUCCAACAAACCAUCUGUUCAUGGUCGCACCACGUCGCCCUCACCUACACUUCAAUUUCUGAACCAGAACCAGAAGAAGCGGGGAUCUCUGACUGUGGUCUCCGCCGUGGGUGAUGUAUCCUCCGAAGGCACAACUUACCUGAUCGCCGGCGCAGCUGCCGUCGCACUGCUGGGAACAGCAUUCCCGAUACUUUUCUCACGCAAGGACACGUGCCCUGAGUGCGAUGGCGCAGGGUUCGUCAGGAAAUCGGGUGUGACGUUGAGGGCAAAUGCAGCCAGGAAAGACCAGACUCAGAUCGUUUGUGCUCGUUGCGAUGGUUUAGGCAAACUCAAUCAAGUUGAUAAGUAGGCUGCUUAUUGUCUUUUGCUUCUUUGAAUCUAUGGUUUUUGAUUCUGGCAUAAAUGUUCUUUGUUAACUCACAGUCUAAUUGAUUAUAUAUAUAAAAUGGUUUCCAAGUGUUCAUGUAAAUUAAGUCAGUUAAAUCAUGUAAAUUGUGAUUUGUGUAACAAACUUGUUCUUGAAGAUCAAAUGGUAAUUACAAUGUGGAUAAUAUUGAUAAGCAUCAAUGGUUUUUCUAUAGAAUAAGGGUAAGAAAAGAUGGGAUAAUACCGAUAAGCAUGUCGAUUCGUUAGAAUUCAUGGGAUUCAACUCGUAUUGAAAUUCACUAACAUUUUAUUACGGCUUUUGGUUACAAAUUAGCGUAGAAUUGAAUUCCAUUAAAAAUCCAAUUAAGGAAGGAAUUUAACUUCCCUUCCAUAAAGUUGUGAAAUCUAAUUCAAAUCCGCUC